UGGUGUUAACUUUUAACUUAUGAUAGUAAUCCUGAUAUUGAGUUCUGGUUAAUGGCUAUAACAUGUAAAUAAACAAAACAAAAUGAUUUCUAUCAGGAUAAGGAAUCUUCCUACGGUAUAGGUAUUAGUACUAUAACUGACAGUAUCUCUAGUGUCAUGUAUUUGGCUACGAUAUAUUCUAAACCUUGUGUUUCUAUAUGCUCCUGUUUCAGAAUGAUUAGACCAAGACACUGGUGGCAUUCUUACAACCAUGCGCAAUCAAUGCUUCAAUGGUUCAUGUCUUUCCAAUUGGCCAGAUUCUUCUUGUCCAGAUUGCCGAUAUAGCCAAGCAGCGGGAAAUCUCUGGGCGGGGUUUUUGCCUGCUGGAGGUAUGGAUUGCACUCUCUUGUAAUCAGCAUGGAGACAUGUUUCCGUCUCGUCUGUUAAAGGUUAACCAGUUUUGCUUUGUAAUUAUCGUAGGUACAAGGAAGGACGUGCCAGAAGGCAUUGGGAGGAGAAAGGGCAUCGCUAUUUACUUGAGCUUGAAACAAAGCGUGUUUGGGAUUAUGCUGGCGACAAAUAUGUUGACCGUAGUCCGAGCAAGGAUGAUUGUGGAAGCUGUGAAUAUUCUGACAGUAGAAUGGCUGAUGCUCUCGUUAACAGAAAAUUGGACACGCUUGGAAAACUAAUGACCCAAGGUGAGAAAGAAAUCUCGGAGGUCAAGGUUGGUACUGUCUUGGCUACAUCUACCAAUACCUCUUCCUCUGGGUCUGAGAAUGCCACACGUGCAAAUAAAAAGAAGAGUAACAGAAGAAAGGGUUAGAUCAAGUUUCAAAUUC